UUUAAAGCUGUAAGUAUAAGAAUAAAUAUAAUGUAUAAAAGUGGAAGCACAUCGUCGAAAUCAGUGACACACAUCUCUAGCUACGAUGAUGAUGACGACGAAGACGAACUUUCAGAAGAAUCCUCCAUAAAUUGGAGCAAUUUGAUAUUUCUUCCAUUUCAUCCUGUCUUCAAAUUUAUGGUUCUGUUAUCGGUGAUCGUGAAAAGCACAUUUGGCCCAUUACAAGCAGUGUACCCCAUUGUGUAUUGUUCAGAUGUACUGGAUUAUAACAUCUAUUUGUUUUUAAUAAAGUAUUUUUAUAUGUAUUGUUCUGACGUUAUCUACGGCAUCGAUACCUGUCUGCAUAUAAUGCAUAGGCAAGUUACAGAUGAAGCAAUGAGACGAGAGUUUUUGCCUAAAUCAGCUUUUUUGCUUCUGAUUGAUAUAUUAUGCAUCAUUCCAUUCUUUCACCUUAUGAGCUAUGCUGUUUGUGCAGAGGUGGCCUUCUGGCCCAAUAUGUUGUCUUUCGUGGAAUUUAUAACAAUUUAUAGGGUGGCAGAAUAUUUUUCCCUUCUCACUACACAUGAUAAUAUUAAACUUUUUGUCGGUUUUACAAUAAUGAAUGUUAUUACUGUAAAUUGUAUCACAUGUGUUUUAAUGUUGAUGACUUACAUUGGCCUCUGUGAUUCUUGUACUGGCACUGGUUAUUACAAGGAUUGGAGGAAAUACGUCAUGUAUAAGCUGAAUGAAACAAGCGAAACGUUUACAACUUAUGUUUACGGAGCUUCGUUUAUUUUUUUCUUUCCCGUAAAUUAUAUGUUCGACGAAAUCAAAGCUUCUACUUUGGUGGAAUAUGUCUUCUUUAGUGCACUCAUGAUAUUUUUCUAUCUCAUCUCAACUUUUGUUAUCUUUCCCAAAAUGAUAGGUGAAUCAUUGUUAAAGUUACAUUGUAUUUUUUCGUUUCACCCACGAGUACAGAUUAUAAUAGGCGAAGCAAAGAGAAGGAAUCCUUCGCCAAAAGCAUACGUUGAUGUGAAGAAUUUUUAUGCAUUAAUGUGGAAGAAACACGAUGGUAUAACGCGUCUUCCUAAUAUAAUGUCGGAAUUACCUCGAUAUCUAAGAGUGGAAAUCAAGCAGGAUCUCGUUUGGGCCGUAUUUUACCAUAGUCCAACUUUAAGAAGAACGUCACGCGCUUUCCAAAGAUGGUUAUGUGAUUUUAUACAUUUAGAUUACAAAUUACCAGGUUCAAGAUUUUUUGUCGGGCCCCAUUGUCAGUCACAUUUGUAUUAUAUAAAAUCUGGAAUAGUUCAACUGAUAUCAAUGGACGAUGGAAUAACUCCUAUAAUUUCAUUUACAAGCGGUACUAUUUUCGGGGAUAUAAGUUUCUUCUUGUCACUAAAGCGAAUAGCAAUGGUGCGUUGUCUCACAUAUUGUGAAGUAUUUUAUUUACCCCGUGCGGAUAUUUUGAAAGCUAUGCAUAAGUUCCCAGUAGACAGGAAAGCUAUCUUACAACGCGUGAAGGAAAAAAUCAAGCAUGCUCAUACGCUUUAUUCGUGUAAAACGCACGUAAGAGGAUUGGACAGGGCCGAAGAUGAAGGCAUCGCAUGGCUAAAAAAGCGAUGGUGGGAGAUAUCAGAGGUUGUAUCACAUUUCAACGUGCCAGAAGAUCAACAUUCUAAACCAUGCUUAAAGUUGGCGGCAGAGGAAGUUGUCUACCACUGCCCAAAAUAUCUUGGACAAUUAGUUUUGUGCACAGAUGGAGAAUUGAGGAAGCAUUCUUUGUUUGCAAGCGUUCGUUUUCCGUUACUUCUAGUUCCAAAUUCUAGUUUUAGUGUGGUAUGGAACAGAAUUGUUGUAGCUACUGUUUUCCUCGUCCUAAUAUUUUAUCCACCAAAUAUUACAAGGCCAGAUGUACCAGUUUGGUUUAAUUUUUUUCAAUUUUGGACUGAUAUUGUUUAUUUGGCUGAUGUAUGUGUAUCAUUAAUAACAACGAUGGAAAAUCAAGAAACAGGUCGAGUUUACUUUGCGUCUGUGAUGUUUGCUCGUUUUAAAAAUGUCUGGUUCUUUAUUGAUAUAUUGUCAGCGACAUGGUUCGAGACUUACGUGAGGCUCAUCGGAACACCUCAAUACUAUUACAUAGUACAGUUCAAUCGAUUAUUAAAGAUAUACAUCCUCUUUCCUAAUUGGAGUUUUGGGAGAGAUCCUUUGAUUCAUGUAAUUGUUAAAGUUUGCUUAAUUCACUUAAUAUUCGUGUAUAUAAUGAGUUACUUGACACUUGCAUUGAUGACAAUUAUUCCCGAUUUGAGUCCUGUUAGUUUCUUUGGCGAGAUAUUUUGUAAUUGGGGAGUACCUAAGAAUCUAUGUAUUUACAAAGUUAAUCACGUGUUCGAAAUAUUUCUAGCAUGGGUAUUGGAAUUUCUCUUUUCGCAUAAUACCACUCAAAAUUUAACCGAUGUUUACGUGUCAACUGUGACUAUUUAUUUCGGUUAUAUAAUCUUCAUUUACUGUAAGACAGCUUUAAUUGGAAUAUUUCACGCUUAUAAUACUGGUAUAUCGAAGUAUCAAUACUUUGUGAUUAAUAUCACGAAUCAUUAUAAGCAAUUUAAAAUACAUCCAGAACUUUUAAGACGUUUAAAUCGGUAUAUGAAGUGCCAUUGGAAAUAUUAUAGAGGAAUGGAUGUUUUAUAUCCUAAUGUAUUGAAGAACGAGCCCUACGAUAUCUAUUGGAAAGUACACGGGGAAGUGGCAGAGAAUAUAAUAAGACAGUCUCCGCCUUUUCUGUUGGCCGAUUACGCCCUUAUCAGGGAACUCGCCUACAACGCUAAGUUUAUUUUGCUUCCCAAGCUAUCUACCGUUAUUAUUUUUGGUCUCCAACCGAAAAAUGUAACAUGGCUUGUACAAGGAUACAUUAAAAGUGAAUACCAUAACAAAGAAGGUGAACUUAUCAAAAGUAUGUACAAGCCGGGUGAUUUGCUUGCAUUCACAUCGGUCUUUUUCAACAAACCCCCACUUAGAACAUACAUGGCAUAUACCGAAUGUGAGGUUCUAUUCAUAAAUAGAACGACUUUCUUUAAAAUCUUAAAGCGUUAUCCGCUUGAAUGGUCGCAAUUCCAACAUUGUUUGGAAGAAUUUAAGACGAGGUUUGAAGAAAUGACACAAGAUGUUAUUCAAAAACAUAGAGAUUAUCAGAAGAAAUUACGUCACCGUAUUUUUCAUUCCAAGCAUGAAGAAAGACGUUCUAGCCAAACAAGAGAAUCGAGUGUAACUCAACGCUUAACGAUGAUAAAUAUAACGCCUACGGCACCAUUCUGGCAUUACUGGAUGCUCCUUCGUGUUAUAGUUGUGUGUAUUUCAAUUAUCACUAGGUCUAUACAAGGUGGCAUUGGAGCUUACUGGAGGUGGCCAUUGAUGAUUGCAGGAUCAUUUUGCGACAGCAUCGGAUUGAUUGAUAUUGUUUUAAAGCUAUUUAUGCCGUACUACGAUGAGCGAGGGAUUCUUAUAACCGAUUUUAGAUGUUGCCUCAGACACUAUUUAACUGGAACCUUCCUGAUGGAUGCUAUUGGUGUUCUACCAAUAUAUGAAAUAUACAUCGUAGUGAUGAGUAAAGUUGUUGAAGAUGAAGAUGCAUUGAUUAUAAAUACAUUCAGUCGAUUUGCACAUUUGUAUAUAGUUAUUGGAUAUUUUGACUACCUAGCCGAUAAUCCAUCGGCGAAUAUUGCUUAUAUUAUGAUGAUUAAGUGGCAAUUGAUAUCAGUUCUUUUGAUGUUCGCGGUCAGCCACUACUUUGUUAAGAUAUGUAUCAAAUUUAACUGGGACGCUCAUGGACAUUUUAUCAAUGCUACCCUCGUAAGCAGAUGCUGGUUGCCUAGUCACACUGUUUUUGACAAUAAUACUGUUACCUACGAAGGUAUUGGUAUGAUUUUCGCACAAAGUUUAAAUUUCGCUCAAAAUGGACUACUUAGAAUUGAUUUGGGAAAUUUUGAAGAAACUCGAAAAGAUAUUGGAACAUCCAUUGUUUUGUUGUUGCUUGGAUGUAGUUUUUGGUUUGUUCUUUGUUACAAUCUUACCUUAUUGGUAUUACAUUUCCGCGGGAACACAAUAUACCAGCAUGGAGUUUUUCAACUAAAAAGAUUUUUAGUUGCUGAAAGAGUAGACGAUAAACUUAUCGAUUAUGCUCAGGAGCAUUUCAAGUAUAUUUGGAAAAGGACCAAAGGCACCGAUGUUCAUAACUUGAUGAGCGAUCGUAUUGGUGUCGCUUUCAGACAAGAUUUGAGUUAUUACUUUUAUAAACAAACAUUUACAGCACUCAAUAGCGUUCUACAAGGUGGUGAACAGUUGGAAAGAAGUAUGGCAGCUGCAUCUAGGCAGAUGCACUUCUUGCCAGGCCAAGAGUUACUAAGAGAGAUGGACUUGACGCCGUGGGUAUGUGUGGUGCACCGUGGAAAUAUCGUUGUGAAGAGGGGCGAGGAAAAAUUGGCAGUACUGACGAAGGGUGCAAUAUUUGGUCAACUGGACGGACUGAAGCCACGACCAGUGCGUGUGUCGGCGGUAGCAGAAGGAUAUGCAGAUGUACUAGUAAUACCCAUUGCAGAUUUCCAAGAAGCUCUCAAUCAUGAAGCAAGAGCAAACAUGGAACGUCAUAUAAAACAUGACUUUAUGCCACUAAAAAAGACAGUAGUCGAGGAUCCAUACAAUACUGUACAAUAUAUUCUUCGUGGAAGGAAAUCACUCAAACUUCCUUGGAUGACAACAUACAUGGAAGCGAAUAUCGGGACUCGAUACGCCCAAUGGCUGUUUCUAACUUGGCUGAUCGAACCUGUGAUUAGUUCCACAGUGGUCCUCAUUUUAGAGACUGUACCGGAUGAUGUUAAAUACGAAAUUUUUAUACUUCUAGCCGUACUAGAUAUUGUACAUUUUCUCAGUUUUCUUUCCAAAUUCUUUGCAGCGGAGUUAACUGUCGUUGAAGGUAAAUGCGUAAUGCGUUUAAUUAAGUACAGAAGGUUUCUUAGAUGGGGUUGCUACUGCGACAUGUUAUCACUUCUUGUUCCUCUAUUAACAUUUGUGACUGACAACUGGUGGUACCAAUUGGCCAGGCUGCUUAGACUACGGUUACUAUAUGAGUUUCAUAGUUACUUCUGCACUGGUUUUCAGAGCAGAGUUGGACCAAUCUUGUUAAAGUUUUUGUCAGUAAUAUUGGUGCUUCACGCGAUGACAUGUGGCUGGAUGAUUGUAGCAUGUAGAGAUGAAGUGUUUCCUAUAAAAGUGCCAGUUAUUCCCCCGGAUGUAAAUGCUACAAUUGAUCACACGGAAUGGAUUCUGCCUCAAGACAGAAAAGGUGGAGGUUGUGCAAGAAUGACAAAGUCCUUUAUAGUCAAUGGGAAAGUCAGAUUCGGUUUUAUUGUGCCAAAAACCUGGGCGGCUGAUUACAUUGUAUCAAUGACGUACAUCCUAGUCUUGUACACGAGUACCGAAAUGGAAUCUGUUGUAUCACUAAAUGAAAAACAAGUUUACUACAAAAUUGUAAUAAAUUUUGUCAUAUAUCUAAUGGAUAUAUGGAUACUAAGCAGCGCAAUUAGUGCUGUCUAUACGAAGUUAAACGAUUUAUAUAAAUAUGACUACAAAGUGAUGAAGUUUUUAAUAUUUUUGAGAAACACUGGCUUGUCGCCGAUUCUGCUGCAGGCGGUGGACGAUUACACGAGACAUUUGUGGCAAAGACAAAGAGGUAACUGGUUACCAGAGUUAGUACAAAAUGCACCGCUAUGUCUUCGUGAAGAUAUUCUUGGAGCCCUAUACCUUUAUCAUUUGAAGUCACCUCCGUUACUAAAAGAUUUGCCUCAUUAUUUUCUAAGACAAUUGGUGACGAGAUUAAGCCGGGUUGUGGUUUUUCCAGGGAAGAUGAUUGUGCAAGAGGGGGACAUAUAUCCCUGUAUAUAUUUCAUCCACGAAGGAGAAGUUGAGAAAUGGGGAACAAAUAAAAGCGGCGAAAAAAAGUUGUUAAGCAUAUUGACUACAAACGAUUACUUCGGUUUUAUUCCCGGCCUCUUUCCUAAUUCGCCAUUUUUGUUUUCAUACGUGUCACGAACGGUUGUCGAUAUAGUUUCUUUGACGUAUAAAGAUUGGCAAGAUCUUUUGCAAGGUUAUCCUAAAGUGAAGUAUGAUUUAUACACAGCGGCAAAGCAACUGAAAAAGGAAAUACAAAAAACUAUCUUAUGAAUAUAUAUAUAUUUUUUAA